AUGCACUAUGUGCGGCGCUGUGGGGCACCUCCGGGACAGCUGCAGGGAGAUCCGGUGUCAUCUGUGUUCAGAGAUGGGUCACACGUACCGCACCUGCCCCGAAGCCCAGCACAAUGUAGAGUCCAUCUGGAGUCAGGAGCCGGUGGAGAUGGACUCUGCUGGGUUAGGGGUUCAGGUAGCAUCGUCAUCUACAAGGCCCAUCUCUGGCACAAGGGGUUUCCCUGCCCCAGCCUCCCCUCGGUCUCUGUAACAUCUCAGGACCCUGGGAAGGCCACAAGUUCACGUCCCCUCACGAAAAGUGUACGUAGAGAACGCACUACCUCCACAGCCAUUAUGGCUCCCCCUAGACCCCCUCCCCCUAGCCCCCCCCCUCCUAAAUUCUCCACGGUGAAGGUUACCCCCACUGAAAAGUCCCCAGAUGCACGUCCCUUAGAUGCACAGUCCCUAGAGUGGAGCACGGUGAAAGGUAAGAAACCCCCCCCCUCCAAGACCUCGACGCUGCCCUCACCCCGGAAGAUCGCCAUACCCCCGCGGCGAAACCCCCGAAAUGGGGAGACGCCACUUAUAAGGGUGGUGUGGCACGGGCGUCAACCUCCUCUUCGGGCUUGCAGGAGGCCCCGGUGCCCGUAUCUAACAGGUACGAGGCACUGUCCUCCAGCUGGGCCGACUGUGAGUACGAGGAGGAGAUGGCGAACCUCCCCGAGGUGGUGGCAGGGGUUGAGGUGGGACAGGAGGUGCUUCUGAGAGACGACGGGCCACUGUAUCCCGGAGUCUCAGUGAAGAGGUUCCUCGGUUCCGACACGGAGGAGGAGGGGCACCGCAGAAGGAAGGGAAAGUCUCCUUAUACUUAAUGCCCUUAUGGCAACUUUUCCUGUACUCUCUGUGGCUACGGUGAAUGUAAACAGCAUUAAGUCCAGCAGGGCCCGCUUUUUGGUUUACGACCACCUCAGCCGGGCUCCGUACAAUGUCAUCUUGGUACAGGAGACCCGGCUGGAAACCCUCGCGGCCCUGCACGCUGCAAAGCAGGACUGGAGAUGGGGGCCCUCCUACUUCUCUCUAGCCACAGAGAGAUAUGGGGGAAUCGCCAUCCUAUUUAAGGACGUUGAUGUUAGCAUCAACAGGGUUAUUGAGUUGCAAAAAGGACGGUGUGUGGUUUUAGAUGUCUCAAUGGGAAGGCAACCUUUCAGGAUAAUUAAUAUCUAUGGCCCCCCAUCUAAGUGGGAGAGGAAGCGCCUGUUUAUUGAGAUAGAGCCUUACCUUUAUACAUCCCAGCAAAUCCUGUUUGGCGGUGACUUUAACACCAUAACUAGGCCUCAAGACAGGAGAGACGCCACUCAGAGGCUGGGGUAUGACUCCUAUUUUUUAAAUAAGAUGGUUAGUCAGGCUGGAUUGGUCGAUGUGUACCUUCAUCACACUCCCAAUCCCACGGGUGGGUACACUUAUCACAGAGGUAGCUGUCAGAGUAGGAUAGAUAGGUUUUUCUUUAAGGAGAAUUUCCCGGUGGCGGCACCCGUGCUUACACCGGUGGAGUUCUCCGACCAUCACAUUUUGUCUUGCGAGUUGAACGUCUAUAGUACCCCACCUAAGGGUAGAGGGAUCUGGCGGCUAAAUUCAGACCUCCUGGUGGAACAGAGGGUUCAGCAAGCCUUCAUGGAAUUCUUUCACGAUCAGAUGACAUUGGCCGACUUAGGCCAAACGAAGUCUGAGUGGUGGGAGAUGGUGAAGGCCAGAACUCAACGGCUGUUUCACAAUCUCGCCCGGAACAUGCAGUCCUCCAGGUACAAGAUGUAUCUGGGCUUGCUUGGGAGGUUAGACAUCCUGAUCUUGCAGGGAGGUGACCCCGAGGACAUUGCGGCAGUUAAAAACCUGAUGAGGAGUUAUCAGUAUGACAGGUACGCCUCCCUUGUAAAAGAGAGGGAUCAUGGGUCAUACCGCUCGCCCGAUCCUUAUCUUAGCUGCAAGCGGAAGGAAGGUACCAAGUCCAUCCCUAGUCUGCGGGGCACCGACGGGACCCUAGAGGAGUCUCCUCGCGGGAUUCUGAAGGUGGUCCACGACUACUAUAUUGAGCUCCUCGGAAAGGGCAGCCCCCAAUGUAGCGAGGAGGGAACCUCCCACGGGAGAAGGGUGGAUGACUUCUUGAGCGAGCUCAUGCUCCCUGAGCAUAGCGACCUCUCUUUUGACGAGUUGGUCAGCGAGAUCACCAUAGAAGAGGUUACAGAGAGUAUCCAACAGCAGAACAAGUGUAAGUCGCCAGGUCCUGAUGGUCUGACGGCCGAGUUUUACCAACAGUUCUGCGACCUCUUGGCCCCUCAUCUGACCGAGGUGUUUAAUGAGAGCUUGGCUCAAGGAUUAUUGCCACCCUCGAUGAGGACUUCUGCCCUGAUCUUGCUGUCUAAGCCGAACGUGCUCGACACAGCGGAUGUGGGGAACUGGCGCCCCAUAUCCCUGUUAAAUGUCGACAGGAAGGUCCUGGCAAAGAUUUUGAUGAAACGAGUACAGGGCCUAGCGAGGCGUGUCCUAUCCACCUCCCAGUACUGUUCAAUCGAGGGCAGAACUGUCUUUGAUGCCGUUUUCGAAGUCAGGGAAGCCCUCGAGAAGUGCAGGGACGGAGAAAGGGGGAUAUAUCUUCUGGCACUUGAUCAGUCCAAAGCUUUUGAUCGAGUAGAUCACCGUUAUCUGUGGUCAGUCUUGCGGAAGUAUGGCUUGCCGGGAAAAUUCGUCAAUUGGAUAAUCACCUUGUACAGAGGGGCCGAAAGCUUCGCUCUUGUGAACGGGUGGAGGGCAGGACGUUUAGGAUCCGAUCCGGGGUCAGGCAAGGCUGUCCUCUUAGCCCACUCUUGUACGUGUUUGCAGUCGAUCCCUUCAUCCGAAGGGUCGAGGCAGGCACGUUACAGGGAGUGGCCAGGGCUCCGGAGAGGCCUUUACGGGUUGUUGCCUACGCUGAUGACAUCUCCAUAGUGGUCUCCAAUACUCGGGAGGCCACGGAGGUGGAUGAUUUAAUCCUAGCGUAUUCUGCCGCUUCAGCCUCUUGUGUCAACAGGGACAAGAGCGUAGUUUUCUGGUGCGGGAAGGAGGGGGACCAGUUCCCUCUUCCAGACGGUUUCCCGAGGGCCCAGCCUGAAAUUAAGAUCUUGGGGGUGGUGUUCGGACCAGGGGAUCUGGCUCUCAGGAACUGGACCGAACGGCUUGCCAUAGCUUCUAGCAAGGUGGAGGAGAGCCACAGGUGGAAACUGACGUUUAGAGAACGGGUGAACCUAAUCAAAACCUAUGUUCUGACCGUAUUCGGCUACGUCAGUAACAUCUUCCUUUUGCCCAGGUCCCUCCACGCUCGGAUGUUUGCGCUGUUCUUCCGCAUGUUGUGGGGGAACAGGCUGAACCUCAUCAAAAGAGAGGUCACUUACCUGGCCAGAAAGGUCUGGCCAUGGUCAACCCCAUCGUCUUCUUUACUAACACCUUCCUGAAAAGGAACUUUGGGGCUCUCCUGAAGGAUGAGCAGCCUGGCUGGGUAUGUAUAUUCAGGGAGUGGGUCACACCUUUCCUGGUGGACUGGUUUCAGGGUGGGAGGGUGAAGAGUUCGGCAUUCUAGCUAUCUUCCGUCUUCGGUCAUCGAGGGAGUGGGAAUUCUGCGCAGGUGGAACGUCACGGUGGAGGAGGUUCGGGACACUCCCAAGAAGCUUCUCGACGGGAGGGUCCUGGCCACCCACUUUGGCAUUCAGCUUGCUUUGAAGGACUGCCCGCCAAGUACUCUCGCCUCGGGGUUGAAAAACAUCAACUCCAGGCGCCUUCCGGAGAAAUACCGAGACGUGGCGUUUCUCUCCUUCCACGGUAGACUUUACGUUCGAGGGAACUUGAAGUACAGGAACAUAACGGAUCGCGGUUGUCCUCGGGUGGAAUGUUCCGGGGAAGUGGAGUCCAUGGACCACUUCCUCCUCGAGUGCCCCUUUAACGUACAGGUCUACAAAGAGGUCUCAGCCGCCUUAGGCAUCCCCUGCUUAUCCCGCUGGACUUAUGCGGAGUGGGCGUACGGGACGUCCAACUCAAGGGGGAGGGCUUUUGAUUUGGGCACUCUUUAUGUAGUCAGUUCAGUGGUUAAGUAUUUCACUUGGAUGGCAAGGUGUCAGGUUUCCCUUCAACAUAAAGACCUUUCCUGUCAGGUGGUGGUAGCAGACAUUCUGAGGGCGGUUCGUGGGAUCUAUACCACCGAAAGGGCCUCUAUGGAUCCCACCAUUUGGCAGCAUUUGUGGCGAAAUCUCAAGGUCCACCCGCCUUGAACCGCUCCAUGGGCGCCCUUGUCUUGGUAAAGGGAAUUCCAAAUCUGUCUUCACCUUUCCCCCGUAGAUUUUGA